AUGGCCGCGGCAGCUCCCGCCGCUGCCGCAGGUGCCGCCGGCCAGCCUCCGGUGAGUCCGCUGCGCCCCUCGUCCUUUCGGUGCCCCGAUUUCCCCCUGAGGACGGUGUGUGUGUGUCGCGGGGGGCGGUGUCCGCUGGGCCUUGGUGACGCAGGAGCGAAGCGUCUGACGGCGGGUUUCCCGGGGUCAGUGGGCGCGUCCGACUCGCAAGGCCGGGGGUCCGCCCGAGGCGCGGCGGCCCUAGCGAGUGUGGACGCCCCCCUUCUGCGGUGUGGACGUCCCCUGCAGUUGAGGACGCCCCCCGGCGAAUGUGGACGCCCCGCUGCGGGUGUGGGCGUACCUCGGCGGGUGUGGAAGCUCCCUCUUAGGAGGAACAACCCUGGAGAAAAACUGUACACAUGUACUGAAUGUGGCAAGUGCUUCAAACGGAACUCUUCUCUUGUUUUGCAUCACCGAACUCACACUGGAGAGAAACCUUAUACCUGUAAUGAGUGUGGAAAAUCCUUCUCCAAGAACUAUAACCUAAUUGUGCAUCAAAGAAUCCAUACAGGAGAGAAGCCCUAUAAAUGCAGUAAAUGUGGGAAAGCCUUCAGUGAUGGGUCAGCUCUGACACAACACCAGAGAAUUCACACUGGGGAGAAACCUUACGAAUGUUUAGAAUGUGGGAAAACCUUCAACCGAAAUUCGUCCCUCAUUCUGCAUCAAAGAACUCAUACAGGGGAAAAGCCAUAUAGAUGUAAUGAGUGUGGGAAACCUUUCACUGACAUCUCCCACCUCACUGCCUUCCGAGAUGGCUCAUACCUCACCCAGCACGAGAGGACUCACACUGGAGAGAAGCCCUUUGAAUGUGUGGAAUGCGGGAAAUCCUUCAACCGUAACUCUCACCUCAUUGUGCAUCAGAAAAUUCAUUCUGGGGAGAAACCCUAUGAGUGUAAAGAAUGUGGGAAAACUUUCAUUGAGAGUGCUUACCUCAUCAGGCACCAGAGGAUUCAUACUGGUGAGAAGCCCUAUGGCUGUGAUCAGUGUCAGAAACUUUUCAGGAACAUCGCUGGCCUCAUACGUCACCAGAGGACUCAUACUGGCGAGAAGCCCUAUGAGUGUAAUCAGUGUGGUAAAGCUUUCAGGGACAGCUCCUGUCUGACCAAACACCAGAGAAUUCACACUAAGGAGACCCCGUACCAGUGUCCAGAUUGUGGAAAGUCCUUCAAGCAGAACUCUCACCUGGCAGUACAUCAGAGACUCCACAGCUGUCAGAAGCCCUAUGGCCGUGACCAGUGUCAGAAACUUUUCAGGAACAUCCUUGGCCUCGUCCGUCACCAGAGGAUUCAUACUGGUGAGAAACCCUAUGAGUGUAAUCAGUGUGGCAAAGCUUUCAGGGACAGCUCCUGUCUGACCAAGCAUCAGAGGAUAUAG